UCUGGGUUGGGCAAUGAAUGGGGGAAGUACGGGUGCUGCAGAAUUUUGUGGGCUGUCAAAUCGGGAUUGCAAGCACAUCCGGAAGGAUACUAGGAGCUCUACGGGCCUGUGUGCGAAUUCUUUGUGGUUGCGGGACAAUACUUGUGCUUGCCAUGGCACCAGCUUGUACUGCACUUAUGGACUCACCAAGUCGCCAAGUCAUACUGCAGUGCUGAUAUGUGAAAGACCAGGAUGUACUAGGCCACUAUUACUCGCCAGUUCACCAAAAGAUAGCGUGGCACUAGUACUGGCACUCUGCUGCAUAUGAGAGUCAUCA